AUGAAACAUAAACCAAUUGAUGCAUGUUCGUUAAAAGAAGUUCAUACUGCUAACAGCGAAUUUAUAUCUCUUAUUGGAUUAGUACAUCUUAAUGUUCAAGUUAAUCAUCUUAAUACUGGUGUUGAUGCAUAUGUUACUCGUGAUCUUGUUUGCCCAAUGCUAUUAGGAAGAGAUUGGAUUCAAAUGAAUCAUGUGAAUAUUAAUUUUUUCACAAAUCGUAUUUAUCUUCAUGGUGGUAUUACUUCUGUUCCUCUAGUACCUAUUCCUCGUCAUGAACCAUUAAUUAUGUCAUUACAACAUACUAUUACUAUUCCACCAUUUCACGAAAAAUUUAUUUCUGGGUAUGUACCAAUUAAAUCAUCAAAUGAUGUAUUGUUUACACCGAAUUUAGCACUACAACAUACAAAACUUGUCCUUAUUCCUCAUGCUGUCUUACAUAUUCGUGAUUAUCAUGGUAUUAUCUCCAUUAGAAACGAUACACAUCGUCCAAAAAUUAUUCCUCGUCAUACUUCACUCGGACUUAUUUCUCAAUCGACUGAACAAUUAAACAUCAAUAUUAUUCAUAAACGAACCACGAAUAAUCUUAGUCCUCCUUCUACUUCUUCAUCUUUAAUUUCUUGUACUCAUUGUGCUAGUAAAUUUUGUAAUGAACAAGAGCUGUAUCAACAUUUUCUCAUUUGUUGUAAUAAACAUUUAUUAUGUGAAAAUAAAACAAUAGAAGCAUUAGUCGAACAUAUAAAAAAUCCUACUCAACGUAUGCAAGCUUAUCUAAUAAUUCACCAAUACGAGCAACUUUUCGAUGAUUCAUGUGUGAAGGGCAUUAACUGUUCGCCUCAACAAGCUAUUAACACGGGUGAUCAUCCGCUUCUAGCUACAAAUCCUCGUCGUAUUUCACCCCUUAACAGACAAAUUAUAAAUGAUGAAGUAAAGAAAAUGUUAAAUAAUGGAAUUAUUAGUCCUUCGACUUCACCUUGGGCUUCUCCGGUCGUUAUUGUUAAAAAACAUGAUGGAUCUCCUCGAUUUUGUAUCGACUAUAGAAACCUCAAUUCUAUUACUCAAAAAGAUAUUUAUCCCUUGCCACGUAUUGAUGAUGUCAUUGAACGAUUGAAUGGAUCACACAUUUUUUCUAAAAUUGAUUUACGUAGUGGAUAUUUUCAAGUCCCAUUAGCUAGUGAAGAACGUAAUAAAACAGCGUUUAUCACUCAUGAUGGCCUAUGGCAUUUUAAUCGUUUGCCACAAGGUUUAAAGAAUUCUCCAUCAGUGUUUCAAAGAUUAAUGAAUAAAACACUUGGUUCAUUACGUUGGGAUGUCUGUCUCGCUUAUUUAGAUGAUAUCGUUAUUUACUCGCGUUCUUUUAAUCAACACCUGAUAGAUGUUGGCAACAUUUGUCACGUAUUACAUGAGUCAAAUUUUAAAUUAAAUUACAACAAAUGUUCAUUUUUUCAACAGGAAAUUUCUUUCUUAGGAUAUACGAUUAGUGCAGCUGGUUGUUCUCCGAAUGAUGAUAAUAUGGUUGGUUUUUAUAGGAAAUUCAUACCUCGUUUUGCACAAAUAUCAUCUUCACUGAAUAAAUUUACUCGGAAAGGUUUUUCAUUUAUUUGGACAGAAACUGAAGAAACAUCGUUUAAUCACUUAAAAGAUGCCAUUACAUCUCCAGCAGUACUUAUACUACCUGAUCCAACUAAACCUUAUAUAAUUCGAACAGAUGCAUCAAGGGUUGGUAUUGGUGCAGUCCUAUUACAGAAACAAACUCAUGAUGGUGAAGACGUAUCAACUAUUCCUGCUUAUAAACCUGUUGCAUUUGCAUCGAGAAGUUUAAAACCUGCAGAAAAACGUUAUUCCACCAUUGAACUAGAAACAUUAGCUAUCUGGUGGAGUGUUACUAAAAAAUUUCGUACUUAUAUUGAAGGACAAAAAUUUACACUCGAGACUGAUCACAAACCCUUACUUUCACUAAUGAAGAAAUCAUACAAUAAUGCUCGUAUUGAACGUUGGAUGACAACAUUACAAGAAUAUGAUAUGAUUGUGAAACACAUCUCUGGCAAAGAUAAUACUACUGCCGAUGCUCUUUCUCGUUAUCCAGUUGACGCACCUGAAACUUAUUCUUAUGAUACACCACAUGUUAUGAACUCGUCAACUCAAACUGAAAAUGUUACAAUCAACGUAGUUACUACACGAUCAAUGAAAAAACACCAUCCUUCUUCUUCUGAUCCUCACAUUCAACCAACAAUCACACCAUUUAAAUCUAUUACAUCGUCUACAACGACAACAACAAAGACAACAUCAGCAGCUUCACCUGGACGAGUCGUUUCCACAUUUUUCGAUAAUGAUACGUUCAAUCAACAUCAAAAUCAAGAUUGUCAAAUACAUAAAAUAAAAACCACUUGUCCAUUACCUGUUAAUUAUGUUAUUGAUGAUUACAAUGUCCUUUAUAAAGUCGUUAAUCGUAAAUUUGGACAACACAUUAAACUACGUUAUUUACCUGUUUCGUUAAUUUCUAGUGUUUUAUCAACUUAUCACAACUCAACUUUUAAUGGUGCUCAUUUUGGUAUUAAACGAACUUUUUACAAGAUACGUGAUCGUUUUUACUGGCCAAAUAUGUACAAAGAUAUAGAAACACAUAUUUUAUCCUGUCUCAAUUGUCGAAAAAAUAAAAUUUCUCGUCGUAAACCGGAUGGCCAUUUACAAUCUAUUGAACCCCCUCGUGGUGUGUGGGAACGACUAGCUAUGGAUUAUGUUGGACCUGUUCCUCAAUCUAAAUCUGGUAAGAAAUAUUUCAUUGUUCUUACAGAUCUUUUUUCAAAAUUCGUGGUAACCAAAGCCGUUUAUGAUAAUACUUCCACAACAGCUGCUCAAUUUUUAUUAUAUGAUGUAUUUAUGCUUUACGGUACUCCAUUAGAGAUUAUUACAGAUAAUGGUCGUCACUUCACAUCGUCGUUGUACAAAUCGUUGCUUCAAUUAACUAAUUGUUGUCACAUAAAAACAACACCGUACAACCCACAAGCUAAUGGACAAUGUGAACGUCAUAAUGCUACACUAGUUCCUAAUCUCGUUGCACUUUCGAAUGAUUCUCGAUCGAAUUGGGAUAAAAAAACUAUUGCCCACCACAUUUAA